AUCACCAGUGUAUGACUAUACUGUAUUUAUAAUAAAGAGACACGGGUAAACCCUGAGAAGGCCCAACAUAUUUCACAGUUGUCUGCAGGAGACUUAUUCCCACGCUAGUUCAGCUGUCUACAAUAACAAACACUGCUGCUGUAAUGCGCGCUCCCCAAAACCGCGGGAGUGCGCGCCUAACUUGCAGUAGCCAUGGCUGCAGUUAAGUCUUUGAUGCACAUCACGGUGCGAAUGAUUAAAUGUACACAGCCGGUUCAUCCCGUCUCGCCUCAGCUCAGCUUGCCUCGUUGACCUGGACCGUGUUGCACCUGUUGACCGACACAGGAGACGGGAUUUCAGUGGCACGGGCGGUGAUGUAAGCUACAGCCAUAGGACCUUUACGAAAUCUUCUUUACUCCCAGGUUGUCUCCAUCCACCCCUCGGCAUGCUCGGCAGACAGGUUCACAGCACACCUGGUGGAUUAACUGGACACGAUGAACGUCUUCUUACACUUCCGAAGUUGCUCCAGAGACUACGGAGGCAUCAUGUCGGUUCUGGGCUCGGACUCCUGGUGGAAGAAGACCCUGUACAUCACCGGGGGGGCCCUGCUGGCCGCUGCAGCCUACCUACUGCAUGAGUUGCUCGCCAUCAGGAAGGAGCAGGAGCUGGACUCUAAAGAUGCCAUCAUCCUCCACCAGUUCUCCAGGCCAAAGAAUGGAGUUCCCAGCCUCUCACCCUUCUGCCUCAAAAUAGAGACGUACCUGCGGAUGGUGGAUCUGCCCUACCAGAACUACUUUGAUGGGAAGCUGUCGCCGCAGGGAAAGAUGCCCUGGAUCGAGUACAACCACGAGCAGGCCUCAGGGUCAGAGUUCAUCGUGGACUUCCUGGAGGAGAAGCUGGGUGUCAACCUCAACAAGAACCUCACCCCGCAGGAGAGAGCCGUGUCCCGAGCCGUCACGAAAAUGGUCGAGGAGCACCUCUACUGGACGAUAGCUUACUGUCAGUGGGUGGACAACUUGGAGGAAACCCAGAAGCUCCUUGCGAUGAGCGGCCCUCUGAGCGACACACUGAAGUGGCUACUGAGCCACCUGAACGGCAGCAUGGUGCGCAGAGAGAUGUACGGCCACGGCAUCGGACGCUUCUCCAAGGAGGAGGUCUACGCCCUGAUGGAGAAGGACAUGAGGACGCUGGCCACACUGCUGGGAGAUAAGAAAUACUUCAUGGGCUCUAAGAUGUCAACAUUAGAUGCUACAGUGUUUGGGCAUCUAGCGCAGGCCAUGUGGACUCUACCUGGGACACGACCUGAACAACUCAUCAAAGGAGAGCUGAUCAACCUGGCCAUGUUCUGCGAGCGGAUGCGGAGAAAGUUCUGGCCUGAGUGGUUUGUGGAGGUGGAGGAUCUUUAUUACGAUGGAGACAGUGAGAGCAGCAGCGGCGGCUCCCCUACAGGCCUGCUGGACUUUGGCCUCUUCUCCAGGACGGACACUCUGGACGACAGCGACGCCAGCAGCCACUCGGCCGAACACACUCACACACACUCCCCCGACUCCGACCACUCGCUCUUUGACUCAGACGUGGGCACGGGGUCUGACAAUGACAUUCAGCUUAAGGAGGAGUUAAUGCCAGACCUGGAGGUUUGACCUGAUAAUGACCGUGAUUAGCUGACAGACUGAGACUGACAGGAGGCUGAAACAAUCAGGCUACUUAAUUAACCUGGUUAAAAGAGCCUGUCCAGACAACAGCUCUCACAGCUGAAGAAACUAGUCCAGCUCCUCCACCUCCAGUACCUAACAUGUUACAACUUCCUGACGGACAGACUGGGUAUUUAUAUGCAGAGCAUACAAACUUAACCUCAUAAUGCACAUGCUACUGUAAAGUCUGUCCCCUCCCGUAACGUCAGAACUGUCCCUGUGGCAGUUCCUCUUUGCCUUAUUUGUCUCGUCCUAAGAUGCAGAAGCUGGUGUGAAAGGUUAACACAGAAGAAACAUCUCAUGAAAAGCGCGGCAGCGACAGAGGAGUGUUGUAAACAAGACAGGUGGCACUUCACUUGCUAUGAAAUGAUGCAACUAAUCACCACUCUGCCAUGUGUCUUAACGCACAAACCCAUUCAGACAGGUGGAGAUUGAUCAUGUGGCUAAAAGGAACAGCUGUUGUGUCUCAGCUAUUAACUAUCCACGUGCUGAAGAGGAAACACAGUUGACACUGAACGCCAGUUUGUGCCCUAGGUUUAUCCUCGUGUCAUCUCCUUUAUGCUACUGUACGUGGGAAGAGUCAGUAUCCAAAAAAAGAUGUGUAUCCAUCAGACCAAAAGCUUAGAUCCACUUGUUGGCCUACUGAAUACGAGUCAAGGAUGAGCAGAUUUGUGCCUGUUUCAUUUACUGGUUAUCAUCCAAAUUUCCCUCCAUUAAUUAAUCAUUUGUUUGCACGUGGUUAUUAGUGAGCCUGGAGCUUUUGGUCGUUAAUUUCAGUGUCCUUUAGGUCUCUAAUUGAAGAGCUGUAGUUUUUAUAUUUGACCACUAGAUGGAGUCAACAGUCAGCCUGAUGUCUCCUUCAUUCUGUAACAUCAAGGUCAUUCCACUCUGAGGAGCUGCAGAAGACUUAACACAGCAAAUUAUUUCUCCUUCAGUCCUUUGAAUAUUGUGGUUCCCAUUCAUAGGUAACCUAUCAGUGUGUGUGUGUGUGUUUGUGUAUGUGCGAGUGCAUGCAUACUUUGCAUGCAUACUGUGACUGAGCACAGCAACAAAUCAGCCUUAGUGCUCAGGCAAUUCCCUGCAACAGAUUUUGUUGGAAUAUAAUUUAUCAUCAGUGCCACUUGAUUAUUAUUCUUUGUAAAAGAACUUAUGUGUCAAAUGUAUAUUUUUUUGUUAAUCUUUGUUUUCUUAUUUCUCUCAAAGAGAGAGAUGUUAUUUUGCACUAGUGGAAAUUUAUUUUCACCGUAUUUCAGCGGGAACAGUCUGCUGGUGAGGCACAGAACGGAAUAGGCCAAAUGAAUGGGAAGCAUUAAUGUGUAUAUCAGUAGUGCAGGUCGCUGAGCGUUCUGAUAAUGAUUGUGCUGUGAGGGGGGACUCUGCUGCUUAUGCUGGCUGUGUGUGUGUGAAUGUUACUCCGUGUGAAUCAGUGAGGCAGUUGAUGAAAAAGUCUUUGCAGAGAGUCAUAAUACCAAAUCAAACCGAACUGAACUUCAGUAAAUGAAAAAUCUUGGGUUAAAAAAAAAAAAGUGUUGGGAAGUGUUCACUUUUGUCUGUCAUGUUAAGCUUUGUUGAAGUGCUCGUAUUGGCAACACAGUGUGAUGGCUGUAAAAAGAUUGUGGUGCAUAUAGAGUAGGUGAGACUUAAGUUAAAGGAUCAGUUCACCCAAAUUACAGAAAAUAUUUUCUCUCAUACCUGUAGUGGUAUUGAGCCACGCAGAUAGUUUUAGUUUUAUUUCCCAUGGUUUUGUCUCCAUCCCAGUAUAAUAGAGGUGAAUGGAAUUUCAUUUGUGGUUCUCGCAGCAUUGAGAUGCAACAUUCAACAUGAAACAUCUCUUUCAAAUUCCUGUUAGUAGAAAGUAGUUCCAGUGAAAACUGUUUGGAGUGAGGCUGUCAUAAAGAAAUCCAGUUUGAGCAAAUGAUAGCGAACAUGUAAAUGAUUCAGUUUGAACACGUGUAGCCUACCCUUAACCUGUCUGGUAGAACUGAUGUUCUGUUACAUUUGCAGUGUCUCCGCUGCCUCAUUAGAGUUUCAGGCUGACACGGGACUUCGGAUUUGUUGGUGUGUUAAUGUUACUAUAAGGCAGUUGCAUUUUAAACAGGCAGCAACCAGCCUUACUUUUAUCCAUAAUUUUUCUAUGGUAUCAAAUCCAAAAUGCUUCCACACAUUACUUCCUACAUGGUUUAAUGCCAUAGUGUACCUGUACAACAGGAUAAUAGAUCCUACUGAAACACAAAGCACAGCACUCAUACUGUUAUUUUUGAGCAUGGAUAUUUAUUUUUGACUGGUGCAUGCAUUUAAUUUUUGGAAAAGCAAGAAAUUUGCAUUGAGGUCGUUGGUCAGACACACUGAAUUUUGAAUUUGAGCAGAUCGUCUCAGAUAGAAUGUUUAAUUCUUUUUCCCUCAGUUGAAUUUCAAAUGAAACGUGGCAGCCUAGGUUCCCACUGACGUCUGUAGAUUAUUUGGACUAAUAGGGACACAGUUACCAUAAAGAGAUGUUUUUGUUGAAUUAUUUAAAGCUGCUAUAAUCGGAAUUUUUAUCUUAACAAUGGACCAAAUAAAUAUGUGUAUUAUGAAAGGGUUCGCUCAUUGUAACAAAUCCAUAAAGAAUUAUCAUCUCUGUUAUCCUCAGCUCUAUGAGGAGUUUUACCAUCUUUUACCUCUGGGUCUUGGUGUGCAGGUUUGCAACUGCACUGUUUUUGUUUGCUUUCUACAGUGUUGUUGUAUACAGACAUAGCAGGCAGCUGUUUUCAUUGAAAAAGCUCUGAUAAACCCACUGUAGCUCCCUGCUCAGCACCAAACAACAGACAGACAAGUUAGCAUCUAGCUGCUGAACUUAGUGGAGCGUUUAGCAGCUAAAGAGCUGGAUGUUUCCCUCAGGAGCUUGUGAAGAGUGAACACUGGACUUACAUUCAACAGGUGGACACAAGCAUGACUUCAAAUGAAUAGUAAUGUUAAUGCAGCUUUAAAUGUUUUUGCAGCACUGUGAGCAUCACAUAAAAAAUUUAUUCUCUUACACUGGAGUGGAGACAGAUCUUAUAAUUUCGUCUUACUAAUGUCUCAAAACCUGGACACAUAGAGCUGAAACUGUUUGCAUGGCUGUGUACCACUUGGCUUAAGAUAAGAUAUAAUCUUUUUGUAAUAUGGGUGAACAGAUCCUUUAAAAUGCAAAGCCUAAGUAGGUGAGUUAGUGACAGAAGGCCAGAGUUUGAACCAGUGACUGAGACUCUAGUAACAACCUUCUUCCAUCAUGUCGUCCUUUGGUUUGCACCCCGACCUGCCCUGACCUGGGUCGUGUGCGUUUCAGUUGCCUCACCCAGUCGGGGCAUCAUACACAGUUGGACUGCUUUAAGCCAUAUUAAAACUAGAAGUCUUGUUAUUGGAAACCUUGUCAUAGCAUUACUGCUGGGGUAAUGUAAAUAUUGUAUGUGUGACAAAGUAUACCAUACUGUAUGUAGAGCUGACUGACUGAUCAAACUACCUGUGGAUGUGCAGUCUUAAAAACUGGAGCGACCGGAUGAUUUCAAUAAAGAA